AUGGAGCUCCUGAAGGAGUGGAAGGGCAAGAUCAAGGAGACGUUCAAAGACGUGGUGGGGGAGCUGGACCCUGCGGAGAAGCGGUUGUCCGACCUGGUGGAGCGCGCCACGUCCGAGUCGCUGCAGGCUCCGGACCUGGGGCUCAACCUGGCGGUGGUGGACGAGGUCAACACAAACCCAGAUGUGGCCAUUGACGCGAUUACGCGUGCGGUGCGGCGCGCCUUCCUCAAGCCCAACCCCCACGUGCAGCUCCUGUCGCUCGCG